UCAAUAUAUGACAAUCUGCCCGAUCGUCGAUAUCUCGCCGCUGUUAUUUAAUGCACUAACGACGUAACAGCGUAUCAAUCGGACCGGUGUACGCGUUCACAGCUCAGAGCCGCGGAGGAGCGCGCCACAUGUAGCCUACAUGUACACAUUGUACUCUCGAUAAAAUCAUCUGGGAGCGACGCUUUGCAUUUUGUGUUCAUGUGCAUUUGCAGUAGUGAAGAUUUUAAAGCUGCUUCUAUCGGGCAAAGCUUCAGAUUAUAGAGAAAAGUGAGGAGGAUCUGUUUGCAAGUAGCUAAGAUGACUGCCAUGACAAUUCAAUGAGAGGAGAGGACGCCAAGUGAAGUAUCCCCCAGCUCGCUGAAAAGGAGAGAAGGAGUGCUCAAGGUAAAGAGAGGAGAGGGAGAAGCAGAAGAAGAAGAAGAGGAGGAGGAGGAGGAGGAGGAAGAAAGAAGGGACAAGAAGAGAGGCAGAGGAGCGAGGGAAGGGUAAGGGGCGAGAGAGCGAGGGAUAAACGGUGGAUGGAGGCAGCUCGGACCGGGGCUACGGAGCGCUCUUCACCGACGAAGAAGAAGAAGAACAGCAGCAGCAGCAGCGGGGGGGAGAGGAGAUGGAGGCGAAAGGCAGAAACAUGCCCCCAGAUAUUAGUUUCCUUCCUCGCCCUGCCAUGGUGUGGUGUGAGCGCGGCAUCCAGGUGCUGCUGACCACCAUGGGGGCUUUUGCAGCCUUUGCCCUGAUGACAGUGGCUAUUGGCACAGACUACUGGCUCUACGCCCGGGCCUUCAUCUGCAACAGCACGGCCAACUCGUCCCAGGAGGACUCCAACAACAAGGACAAGAAAGACCCUGGGGCUCUGACCCACUCCGGCCUCUGGAGGAUCUGCUGCCUGGAAGGCCUGAAGCGAGGUGUGUGUUCCCAGAUCAAUCAUUUCCCAGAGGACGCAGACUACGACCAAGAUGCUGCAGAGUAUUUGCUGCGUGUGGUGCGAGCCUCCAGCAUCUUCCCCAUCCUCAGCGCCAUACUGCUCUUGCUCGGCGGAGUGUGUGUUGCUUCCAGCAGCUUCUACAAGAGCAAAAGGAACAUUAUACUAGGUGGAGGAAUUCUCUUUGUAGCUGCAGGCCUCAGCAACAUCAUCGGAGUGAUCGUGUACAUCUCAGCAGCUCUGAGUGACAUUUCCCCCAAGAAGGACGAGGAUAAGAAGUGGCACUACUCUUACGGCUGGUCUUUCUACUUCGGCGGUCUGUCCUUCAUCCUGGCCGAGAUGGUCGGCGUCCUCGCCGUCAACAUCUACAUUGAGAAGAACAAGGAGCUGCGCUGCCGCUCUCGCACCGACCUAUUCAAGAGCACCACGCACGCCAUGCUGCGGCUGCCCAGCUACCGCUUCAGACGGCGCUCUCGCUCCAGCUCGCGCUCCACUGACCCGCCACGCUCCCAGGAGACCUCGCCCAUCGGUGCCUCCAAAACCUUCAGCCUGCCGCCCUCCGCCCCGCCGUUCUCUGUAGCCACUCUGCCCAACCCGCACCACACCAGCGGUGGUGGAAGCGGAGGAGGCGGUGACAUCUCCAUGUACACCCUGUCGAGGGACUCCAAGCUGGGCAGCCUGGGAGGCGGCGCCCCACCUCUCUACGGCACGGUGGACCGCGCCACACUCUACCAGCUCCACAACUACUUCCCAAAAGAUUCCAGCGGAAGUGGCGGCGGAGGAGGUGGAGGGGUGAUAAGCAGCGGAACGCUCCCAUCUCACUCCAAGUCCAACUUGGCAGCAGCGGCAGCUGUCGCCCAGAACGCGGCACCGCUGAACACCUCCACAUCAGCCGCCACACCAGCCCAGCCAGCCCCGAUAUCCACAGCCACCAUGGAGAGGGACAGGGGCAACGUAGGAACCCUGGACCGACUGACAGCCAAAAGGGACAGGGAUAGCAACUCAGAUACACUUAACAGGAAAACUACGCCAGUUUAAAAGUACACCUCAGAGAGGAGGGAAAGAGGGCGCAGGGAGGGGGGGGGGGGGGGGGGCGUUGAAACUAAAGAAGAGAGAUGGUGUUCAAUUUAUACAGAUGUUAGAGAUAUCUGAGUUGACAGAGAGGAGGCUGAAAAUGUGUAGGUGACAUGUCAGCGGUGAUGUUUCUGUCCUUGAGCCUGAGGUAUAGCUGCCAUAACUACCUACAGUAUCAUAAACAGUCAUAGAACAUCUGACAUUAUGUCCAAGUUCAUGACAUCUGCCUUAAAAUGGUCAUGACUUUUGUUAAUUGUGCAGCAAUGGUGCAAUGGAGGCUUCAGGGAAUCACACACGAUCAUACACAACUGGGAGCUGCCCAGUGAAACCAGUCUCCCAGUGCAGCAUUUGGGGGUUAAGUGCCUUGCUGGGGAGGCAGUGGAGCGCUGUAGUUUUUUAGUUUCCUCAUUUUGAUUUUGUCAAACAUUCAACAAAAAGAACAGGAAGUUUUGAUUUGGUGAUUUGUAGGUUUAAAUCUGGUCAAAAACUGAUCAUUUCUAAACAUGUAGACUUUGAAGCAUCCUUUCUAACCAGCUCUUCUAAACCAUACAAUACUUUAUGACACUACAGCAACAUAAAACUCUUGAAAGAAAAGUGCCCAGAUGGUGUAAGCCGCGCUUCUCCGUUACAUCUCUGUUUUAAAAGGAACAUAACGACACAGACGGGGACAUUCAGCCAAGUAACAAGCUGCUCGGUGACGAGUUAACUGCCAACUCAAGGUCAACAGUAGCUACUUAACCUCCGGUCCCAAAACAGUGACCUCAGCCAUACCUGACAAUACUGACACACACACACACAUCACAGACACAGCACACACCAGAGGAGGCUGACACACUGUGAGCGUAUUUAUUUUUCAUUGUGUGUCAAAGGUAAUUACAGUGACAGAUGGGCAUUCUCCACAGUCCUAGAGAAAGUAACAGCCAUAAACUUUAAGCUUCACCCUGAACGCCUCCGUCACACCACUGCCAGUUGUCACCGUUUGGUUCAACGCUGCAAAAAAUGUCCAUCUGAGCAAGUGGCUUCAUCUGAUGUUAAAGUCCCACAUUCUUUCUCCAAAGGUGUGAAGUAUUUGCUGAGUUGUGGCCAUGUGGACAUAGACUGUUACUCUUGUUUCAAGACGACACUUGUUUUUCUGUUGCCUUAACAGUAGGAAUUACAUUAAAAAACAUUCAGUACAGACUUGAUUUAAGACGUUUAUUGAGUGAAAGUAUAGGACAAUUCAGCAAAAACCCUGGAUUAUAGUCAGUGAUAUUUUUUUAUGUCCAAACCAGAGUGAAAAUUGUCACUUUCUUGUUUCGCAGGGGAAGUGGGAAGUUAGGGCCAGGCAACGUUAACACUUGGAUAAUGUAAGAGAAAGAUCGAAACCAUAAUAUUUCUCCUAAACCUAACCAAACUGUGACUGUUACAGAAGCUUUAUUAUUGUAACCAUGGCAACAAAGGUCUAGUACACCUGCCACCAUAGACCAUAGUCAUACGGCGGCCAUUUUUCUGUGACGUCAUACUCGAGGUGGGAAGCUCAGAGGAUAAUGUCAUACUGAUCUGUUGCAGGUUGCAGGUUCCAUACAUGUAGAAAAUCUGACAAAUCUUCAGAACAGAACAAGAGCCUUAUUGCUAACUGAACUCAUUACCUGUAGGGAGGCUCGUUUCAACACAUGCUAGGGUAUUUUUCAGACCUUUGCCAUGACAGUGUUGGUACUGCUAUCCUCAACUUUGACUGAAAUCAAAACAAAACUGUUUGCAGUACGUCACUUACUUCCUGACUCAUUGAAUAUUACCUCCCAACGUGAAACCUAUCAGAAAACCUGACAGAAACCUACCAUAGACUUCAAAUAAAGAUGGACAUAGCCUCACGUUUCUGGAGAGCAAUUUUGAAGCUGGGGGGUGCUCCACUGUCACCAUCUUGGCAAUGUCUGACUCCGCCCCUAACUCCCAGCUUAUCCAAAAAUGGGCAAAGAGGUGAGGCUUGUAUGGAGCCGAGACUUGCAUUUGUGGCAAGUAUACGCUCACCCACCUGUCCCUCAAAGUGGCGUGCCCUCAAUGAUACAUAACUUUAAGCCUAUUUAAUUGGAUAAGUUAAAUAAAAAUUCACCCCUGUGCAGUUGUCAUGAAGUAGGAAAUUAGCUCUAGAGAACCAAAACAGUUUUUUGUACCAGGCUGUAAACAUGAGUAUUUCUGCUGUAAAGUUGGACAGUUUAACAUGGGAGUGGUCAUUAGAGGAACUGCAGUAGCACUUCUUAUUGGCUUCAUCUCUCAGCCCCUGAGUUUGCUGCUUGAGAAUAAGACAAACAAAUAUAAAACAAUCAAAGAUUAAGUUGGCAGUGAUAAACUUGCUCCGCUGUGUUAUUGAUGCAGGUUGAUCAUGAAACUAUAAAACGUUAGUUAAUUUCAUUCAACCGCACUUAUUUUCAUUGUGGGUCAUCUGACUACAUGUACCUUCAGAGUUGGUGAAGACACUUGUAAAGAUGAACAUUUUUGCUCCCUACGUGAUAUUUAAUUGCAUAAAUUUGAUUUCAGGGUUUGUAUGACUGUUUAUUGCCAUGAUUGAAUACCGACGGCUACAAGGCGGCAUCCGCUGAGUGUUCCUGCAAAGGGCUGCAGCCACAGGCGACAGGGUGGGGGGGGGGGUCGAUUCAGUUUACACUCAGGGGGUGAAGAUUUAGUUAGAACAUAGAUUUAAAAGCUAAAAGUCAAGAUCAAUAUGAAAUAUCAACCAUUUUAUCAAGCCAAGUACAUCACUUACUCUUAGACAGAAACACAAAGUAAAGCACAUUAUGGAUUAUUAGAUAAGUUAUGAAUUAGCUUAAAAGGAUUUCUAACAAACCAAUCAGAAUUUGAGCGUGAUAUAUUUUUUGAAACGUCAGAUAUUUCAGACGGGGGUCCGGGUGGGGGGGGGGGUCCACAGUGGAUGUACUGAAUAACAUUUUGGACUGAACCUUCACACAUUCUAAUUCUGAUAAUUGGACUCAUAUAUUGAACUGUGAAUGCACUUCUGUGUUUGGAAAUGAAUUCAACCCGACCCUGGUCGACGACAUGUCGGAGGAGGAAGAGGAAGAGGAGGAGGGAAGCAGAAAAGACCACAACAGCCAACUUCUGUUCGACUUCCCUCUGUCUCUCUUUUAGCUAUAACUAUAGGCCUACUAUUUCACAAACUAGAAUAAUAAAUGUAUUAUUGAAUAUAUUAUCAAGUCCAUUCACUUUAACAAAAGCACAUAAUGUCUGUAAAUGGUAAUGUUUGGGUUGUCUCUUCAUUCUGAGUGAUUGAUUCUCAUCUCUAGGUUACAUGAGAUUGUAACUCCUUGAGUAUUAAUAUCAUGUUGCUGGUGUUUCUAUGAUCGUUAUGGUUAUUGCAGGGUAUUUAUACAUUUUGAAAUCUUUUUUUUUCUCUUUCUUUUUGUAAUUCUUUUAUAUUCCUUUUUAAUUUCUUUUUCUCUUGCUUAUGUACACUAAAAGUCAGUGGUGUCACGUGGAAAGCAUGUGCACAAAACGUGAGAGGGUUUAAUAAUGUGUAAAUUCACCUCUUGAGAUCGUCCAUCGCCGUCUUCGUUGUUUUAUGAUGUUUAUUUAUCGGGGAGAGUUGACUGAGCGUGCAUGCUCUUUUUCAGCAACGCCCUGUUUAACCUUCAUGCACACGCACGCACACACGCACGCACACACACACACACACACACACACACACACACACACACACACACACACACACACACACACACACACACACGUACUGGCAGCAGCCCAGUAAAACCAGUCUGCCGCUGGUUUACUGAGCGACUUCCCUGGAACAGCCGGGGGCGUUAGGAGUAGAGGAGGUCAUUCCACUUCCUCCACCCGGGUUGUUCCAGGCAUUACAUACUAAUGGACAACCUUCUGCUUCUUCAUUGAAUUUCACUGUGUACAUUAUUUUUACUAUCUCUAUUAUGUAAUCAUUUUCCUAUCUUUUCUGUUCUUCAUUAUUUCUAUAAUCUUCCCUAUUUUACGUGUAAUUGCUCUAUAAUUUGUAUCUUUUCCCACAUUUUUUCCCAGCAGUUUUGGUGAUAUAUCUCCAUUGUCACUCUUCCAUUAUCAUUUUGUCUUCAUUUUCCUGAAGGCCAUUUAUUUUUGUUUUCUUAACAUUACCAACGUAGCCUAAUAAUCAGUGUUUUUUAAUGUUCUGACUAGUGUAUAACUGUAGGCGAUAGAAUUUAUAUUAAUCUAUUUAUUUUCGUGGUGGUAUGUAUAGAUAUUCUCAAUGUUAUAUUGUUUCCUACACCUGUAUCUUUGGGCUAUAAAGGCUUCACGCCUGCCUGUGAAACAAGGUCAGUAGCUUAAGUGGUGGGGAAAGAGAGCUAAAUGUCGUCUGUGUUGUCAGAACAAUAAUAAGUACAAGAAAACCGCAUCGGCCUCAUGCUUCUGAAAAUGUGAGACUUGUUUCAAACUCUCUGAAUAAACAUUGGCACACGGUGUCCUUAACUCGUUUUACCUGUUUUGCAAAGUGUUAGUGUGAAGGACUUGGUCAGAAGUAGACGUUCUGUUCCUUUCGUCUCAGUUCAUAUCCAGACGUUAAAGCCAUUUUAAAGCCAGCCUGAGUCACCGGCUCCUUUUCCCAACACUUAGGCUACUGUCACACGUCAAACCUGAAACUCUUCAAAUGGACAACUGGUGUAUUUCCUCUCAGCAGGCUCAUACAUGUAAAAGGACAAUAAGGAGAAUGGGAAGCAAUGCAAUAUACUGAUCCUCACUGGAAAAGACAAAAAAUAUAAGGUAUAUAUACAAAUAUAUAUAAAUAUAUAGAUAUAUUCAAUAAAGUUCUAUAUGAAAGUU